AGCCUCAAAAAAAAAAGAAUCUCAAUUUCCGACCCAUUUCAUCGAGCGCCAGAUAGGCAUGGCGAUCCUCGGAGCUCGUUCCCUCCAUCGCCCUCUCCCCUUUCCUCCCCCGCUCUCUCCUAACCCAAGCUCCGCUCGUCGAGUUCAACGGCGAAUCUCUCCGAAUUCUCUUCACCCUCCAAAAAUCCGACGAAACCAACUCAGCGGAGCCGAUACCCCCAAGAUCGCAGCGGGUUCGACUUCGAUCGGAGUUUCGAGAGACGGAGGGUUUGAGCCGUUAGGGUUUGACGAGAGCGAGAUGCAGGGGCCGAGCUUGUUGGAGUUCGUGACGUCGGAGAGGGUCAAGGUUGUGGCGAUGCUAGGGUUGGCUUUGGCGCUGUGUAAUGCCGAUCGAGUUGUGAUGUCGGUGGCCAUUGUCCCCUUGCUCUAAAAGCUCUGUGCCGAUGACUCAAUCUUUUGCGCGGAUUGUUCAGUCAUCUUUCUUAUGGGGAUAUCUAAUGUCUCCCAUAGUUGGAGGAGCGCUGGUCGAUUAUUAUGGCGGUAAAGUAGUCAUGGCAUGUGGUGUAACUCUAUGGUCCCUGGCUACUUUUCUUACUCCUUGGGCUGCUGAAACUUCCUUGUGGGCGUUACUUUCCAUGAGAAUUCUCCUGGGUGUAGCUGAAGGAGUAGCACUUCCGAGCAUGAACAACAUGGUCUCCAGAUGGUUUCCUCAAGUAGAACGGUCCAGGGCUGUUGGGCUUGCUAUGGCUGGGUUUAACCUUGGUAGUGCAAUUGGGCUCUUGAUUUCCCCUAUCCUCAUGUCAAAGGCUGGAAUUUUUGGACCUUUUGUGAUCUUCGGGUUGUUUGGAUUCCUCUGGGUCUUAGUAUGGUUGGCAGCAACCUCAAGUACUCCUGCGCAACAUCCCUGUAUAUCAAGGUAUGAGAUAGACUAUAUCAAUAAGAGUCAGAAGCUUCUAACUAAUCACCGAAAAGUUCCUGGACAAUCCACAAUAAUCCCUCCUUUCAAGAAGUUACUUUCGAAGAUGCCAACGUGGGCUUUAAUUUCUGCAAAUGCCAUGCACAGCUGGGGUUACUUUGUCAUUCUUUCAUGGAUGCCAAUAUACUUCAACACAAUCUAUCACGUUGACCUGAGACAAGCUGCCUGGUUCAGUGCACUUCCAUGGGCUAUGAUGGCAAUGUUAGGGUAUGCUGCUGGAUUUAUCUCGGACAUGUUGAUUCAAAGUGGUAGAAGUGUUACUUCUACUCGGAAAGUAAUGCAGUCAAUCGGCUUCCUCGGUCCUGGACUUGCUCUUCUUGGCUUAAAUGCAGCCAAAAGCCCAUCUGUAGCUUCAGCUUGGCUUACGGCAGCUGUUGGUUUGAGCUCCUUUAGCCACGCUGGAUUUCUGGUGAAUCUCCAGGAGAUAGCUCCACAAUAUGCAGGCAUUUUACACGGAAUGUCAAAUACAGCUGGAACCCUGGCCGCCAUAGUGGGAACCAUUGGAGCAGGUUUCUUUGUUGAAAGGAUGGGUUCCUUUCGUGGGUUUCUCAUGUUCACCGCAUUCCUUUAUUUCAUUGCGACAUUAUUCUGGGAUUUCUUUUCUACCGGAGAGAGAGUUGAUUUUGAUGGAACUCAUCAGUAAGCUUUUAGUGUGCAUGUCACCGGCAAAGUUUGUAGUUUAUUACCUUGUCCUUUAUUUAAAAAAGAAGAAAAUCUUCUUAAUGUUGAAGGGGGCUUUGUGCUGUUAUGACUUGAAAUUUUGAUAAAUUCCUACUUAGUUUCAAGUAAGGUAAAAAAGAAUCAGAACC